AUGUCAACAAGUCCUUGGCCUGACCGUCAAUGUAUGGUAUUGCUAGCCUUUUAUCUUUUAUCCACCGGCAAGGAAGAAGGGCAGUUUGCCCACGAGUUGCGCAUAAUCUCGCUCAAUCGCAUUGAGGAAGAAUGGAAAGCUUGCUACCAAAGUCCAUUGGUGCCGUCUCAUCACGGCCACACUUCAGUCUACGAUUUGGUGCAAUCAGCAACCACCGCAGCCCGCAUGGAGGCGUGGAACGGAGAAUGGCGCUGGAAGGCCACCUUAAACGCCGCGGGUGCCGAAGAGCUCGUAGAGUUUGUUAGGACUGAGAUCCUGGAGUCCGAUGUUAGCGCUGCUGUAGCAGGCGCCCAUCUGGGUCAGCAGAACCGCAUCUCCCGUUACGUGUCGUACCAACGCGUCAAGGACUGGCUUCAAAACUUCUACCUUGCAGGCCGGACGUUCGAGUCACUUGGGUUGCACCCGCCCCGCAAUCUGGCCAAUCUGAUGCACCUGGAUCGCCGAGUGAGCGCCAACAUCACAGCGUACUGCGCGGCAAGGUGUGUGGUGACGCUGUGGGAGCUGGAGCAGCACCUCAGCCAGGUGGAGGUGGUGGACAGCUACGAGGCGCUGCGGCUGGGGCCGCUAGUGGACCACCCCGACGUGCGCAGGGUAUUCUUCCCCGCCGACUUCCCUCCGGGCCUGCAGCAGGCAGUGUCUAAGUGGCGGGGAAAACAGCACCCGCAGCUCAAGGCGCGGGACGGCUGGGGCCGCGAACAGGAGCCGGAACCGCCGCCGCAGCCAACGGGACCCUUUCCUGCCGUUACAGCGUACGACGUGGCGGCUGCCGUACGGCAGCAGCUUGCUUUGCAGGGCGUGGAGGAGUGUCGACGUGCCGCCGCGGCGGGGGCUGCCACGCCGCAAGGUGCAGUCCUGCUUGCCGGCGUGCUGGGAUCCGUCGCGGCGGCGGCGAGGGUGUGUACGGCAGCGGGAGACUGGCCACCUGCUCGUGAGGCGCCGGAACUGUGUGCUUGGUUGAUGGCGCGGCAGUUGGGAGUUGUGGUCAACGACUUGCUGCUGUACGUCAACAUUGCCACGAUUGCCAUUCAGGACGAGCAGGUAGCGGCGCUGCGCGCCGCAGCUGACGUGUCACGACGGCCGCCUACGGCGGUGGCCGCGGCAGCCGCGCCGCCGCCACCGCCGCCACCGCCGCCGCCGCCGCUGCCGCCGCAGCAGCAUCAACGGGGGUUCCACCACCAGCAGCAGGCGAUGGCGCUGUUAGCGGGCACUGCGGGGCAGCGACGGCCGCCGCUGCCCCUGGAUAAUGCGGUCUACUACUUCAUGGUUUCGAAGCGGCAAAUGGAAACGGGUCGUCGGGAGCAAGUGGUUACGAACCCUCGGCGGCACGACCAGCAGCAGCUUCACUUCUCUCGGAAGGUCACUGAGGCCCUAGCUGCUUUGCGGGGGGAGGGGCGGGAGGCAGCAGCGGGGGCAGGGACAGAGGAGGAGGAGGAGGAUGCCGACGAGGACGAGGACGGGGAGGAGGAGGACGACGAGGAGGAGGGCGAUGACGCGGAUUCAGCAGGGGAGGAGGAUUCGGAGGAGGCGGAGGAGGGACCAGGGCUCGCUGCCUCCGCCGCCGGUGCUGUUGCGCGGCGUGUCCAUGUGGGGCUACCCAAAAAUGAUAUCCUGAUCAGGAAACACCUGCGCAAGGUGACCAGAGGUCAGGGGACCGGGGGAGCUUUCAUUGGUGGUCGGGAGGGGUCAUACGGCCUGCGCGAAGACUUUGGAUGGCCGCAGCUGCAGACGGCCCUGCAAGAGCUGGUGCGGGAGGCGCUCAGCGGGCCGAGGAGGGGGUCGCAGUUCUUCGAUGACGCGGCGGCUCACAUCGCCACAAAGUGGUUAUUGCCGCUGGCGCAGGCCAAGGCCGCCGCCGGGAACACGAAAUGGCUGCAGACGCUUGCGGGUUCCGGAGCCAGCUCCCUCCACCACCACCACCAUCAGAAGCAGCAGCAGCAGCAGCAACUCCCGAAGCGAGUCCAGCGGGAGACGGAGGCCGCCGUGUCCAAGCUGGCGGGACACGAUGUCUUUAAGAUGUUGCUGCGUGCCGUACACGCCGCCAUGCGGGGUCGGCUGCGUGUACAUGAAACCCAGAUGGCGGCAUUUCGCGAAUGGGCGGGAGGGGGGCGGGAGGGGGCACCGGGCACCGGCACCGGCAGCAGCGGGGCCGGGACCCGGACGGGGGCCCUGACGUCACCUUCCCCGCCCCCGGGUGCUGGCGCUGGCGCCACCGCCACCACCACCGCCACCACCGCCACCCGUAGCUCGGAGCCCGUGCAGGAUUACUUGGAGAUGUUGGUCGCCAUGCCGUACCCCACCAUCGCGCAUCAGGCCAAGUUGGUGUCGAGGAAGGGGAUAGCGAAGCGGCACAUUGCGGAGGCGUUCGGCGUACCGCGGGGAGGCGAGUUCGGCUCCGGCCAGCUCCAGGACGUAUUCCAGCAGGUGGUAUCCCAGGCGCUGGGCGGCGCCCGGGUGCAGCCCCAGCCCGCGGAGGCCUUCUACGAGUCGGUUGCCGCGCUGCUCAGCCAGCAGUUCUUCGGUGUCAUUCUGGAGGGCCAGGCAGCCGAGGGCCGCAGCACCGCCGGCGAGGUGGGCCGCGCCGGGAAGUCCGACAGCUACUACUUCUCCCCCGCCAAGACGGAGGAGCGCAUCGGCAGGCUCGGUGAGCAGCUGGUUCGGAACAAGUUCUUCCGCAUGAUGCUGCGUGUGCUGCACGCGGCCAUGCGGGGGCAGAUGGCUCCCCGGCCGCAAACGCAAACGCAUGGGAAGGCGAUCGAGGCCGACAGCAGCGAUGGCGGCGAUGAGCCGUACAUCCGCGGCGCGGCGGACCGAGCGGCGCUACGGACGGCGUUGUUGCGGUCGCCGAAACGCCUGCGGGGGGGAAAGCGCGGGGGCAAGCACGUGACGGCAGCGGCUGCCGCCGCCGCUGCCGCCGAGACGGCCGGGCUGUGUGGCCUGGUGGAUGCGUUCCAGCGUGUGGAGGCGGCCCUGGCGGCUGUUCGGCCCCCCGCGGGGUGGACCUCCCAGGCGCUGUCGCGUCUGCGGGAGAGGCUGCUGGGGCCGGGGGGGGAGGGGGGUGGCGGAGCCGCCAACGCUGGCGGCGGCGACGGCAGCGGCGGCGGCGGGGCCAACCCCUUUCGCGGCUGGGCUUCCGGCCAUGAAAAGUGGGUGCUGGAGCGCCGCGUUGCCGAGCGAUUGGCGCGACAGCUACAACUACAGCUCGUUUUGCCGUCUAUAGCCGCGGCGGAAGGCACCAAGAUGAGUGCUGCAGCCUCCGCCUCCGCCGCCCAUGCCGCCGCUGCCUCCGCCUCCGCGGUGUCAUGCGUGUAUGUUUCCUCGGGCCUGGGCUGUUCGCUGUUGUCCGCGCUCGAGGUGUCCGGGGACUUGGGGCUCGUGACGGCCUUGGCUGGGGAUGAGGACGGCCCGGCUCGGGCGCCGCUGCACCAGGUUCUGGAGCUGGUUGCGGAGGUGCUUCGGAGCUGCAGACUGGCGGGCGCGACCAUUGACUGCACUGGCACUCACGAUGACGAUGACGAUGACGUUGAACGGGAGGGUGCUGGCGCAGCCGCCCCUGUCGUCGCCACCGCCACCACGGAGAGCGGCUGCCCCGAAGGCCGUGAAGGAGGAGGUUUGAUUGCCGCCGUCGUGUCGCGCGCGCUGUGCUGCCACUACGGAGUGCACCGCGUCGAAUGUCUGGGACAUGGACCCGUGGGUCGCUUGUUGGCGCUGGCGUCGCGCGGCCGCGCCACGCCGCCGCUGGGCUGGCACUCCGCUGUCGCACUGGCGCCCGCGGCGCUCUCCUCCUCCUCCUCCUCCUCCUCCUCUUACCGCUUCUGGACCUCCUCCUCAAACGCCGACGCAGCCGCUGCACCCUGCAUCCCCGAGGCGACGGUGGCGGCCGCCGCCGUCACAUCAUCCGCGACGGCCGUUGGCGCUCUGGGCUGUGUGGGCCGGGUUGCGGCCCUGGCCGCCCUCCGUGCCGCUCCGGAGCUGAGUGACCUGCGACUGGUGACGCAGUGGAGUUCGCUGUUCGAGUCGGAGCUGGGGCCACUUGAGGAGUUCUUGCGGGCGGAGGGGGCCGCUGCGGCAGGGAUGGCGGUUCUGGAGCUGCCGCUGCCGCCCGCUGGAGGCCCCUCCCUGGAGUUGGCGGCGGGAGGGCGCCUGAUUAAGCUACCUCACGCGGCCACGCCGGCGGAUGUGAUGGUACGAGCAGCGGUGGGGGAUGCGAGGGGCGUGGCGGCGGCGUUGCUGUCCGCGGUGGCGGCGGCGGGGGGCCUGGCGGGCUGCCCCACCGUGCUCCUCUUCCGCCACCUUGGGGAGGCGCUGGCGGACUUGGCGCGUCAGGCGGCUGGCAGGGCUGAGGUGGCGGGUGAUGGCGGGCCGAUCCUGGCGCGACCUGCAGCUCCCGGAGGUGGCGGCUCCGACGGCGCCGCCAGGACGGCGUCGGCGUCAACGGCAGUGGUGGCGGUGGGGCCGCCGCAGCACUUGGCGGCAGUGGCGCGCAGCUGUUUGCACCACCUGGGAUUCUGCAUGGGUGUAGAGGCGUGGCAGGAGGACUGGCGGCGGCUGUACGGCGGAGGGGCUGACGGCGGCGGCGGGGAUGGCGACGACGAGGGCGGCGGCGCCGUCGCGGCGGCGGCGGCAGCGGCAGCGGUAGAGGGUGACGGCGCCAGGGGUUGGGAGUUCGAGACAGCGGCGGGCGUGGAAGACAUGGAUGUGGAUGUACGGCAAGGCGCGGAGCAUGAUCACCAUCAGCAGCAGCAGCAGCAGCAGCAGCAGCGCUUCGUGGAGUCCAUCCGGCGCGAGGAGUUCGGUGAGGGGUUGGAGCUGGGGGGUGAGGCGGCGGCGCUCAGCGGGCGGCUGGCUGCCCGCACGGGUCGGGCGCUGCAGCGGCUGGCGGCGGAGCUGUACUCCGCGGACAGCCACUUCGUAAUGGAGCUGGUGCAGCUGCCGCUGCUGGCGUUGUUGCUACUGCCGUCACACUCCGUGCCUUGCCGUACAUUCCUUCAGAACGCGGACGACAACUCCUACCCUGCCGGAGUGACCCCCUGCCUGGAGUUCGUGUUGCAGCGGGACGUCAUCACCGCCGCCAACAACGAGGUGGGGUUCUCCCCCGCCAACCUGCGGGCACUGUGCGACGCGGGGGCCUCCACCAAGUCGCGAGUGACAGGCUACAUCGGUCAGAAGGGAAUCGGUUUCAAAAGCGUCUUCCGCGUCAGCUCCGCUCCGCAGCGCCGUCGACCUCCGCCGCUGAGAUCAGUUCUUUCCGCUACGGUACGGCAAUUGUGCUUCCGCUGCGGCACGACAUGUCCGGAGGAGCAACGGCGGCGGUUGCGGGGCGGCCACCGCCGGGAGCUGCUGACGGCGGCGGCGGCCUCGGCGAGCGCGCGGUUGCAGCGCAUUGUCGUGCGUGAUGAGGUGGCAGCGGCGGCGCCGGCGGCGGCUGAAUUGCCCGCCGGUGGCGGCAUCCCCGUCGCCGGCGUUGUAGACCUCCCUGGAGCCGGUCCCGCCGGUCCGCUACAGCAGCAGCAGCGGCGGCGGCGGCAUGCAGGCGGCGGCGGAGGCGCCGUUCGCGUUGUGGAGAUGGAGCGACGUCAGGUGGCCGACUGGGUCGUUCCCUCCAGUCGUGAGGCUCUGGAUGUGGACAGCCCCUGGAACCAGGAGCUGAGAGCCCGGCUGCCGGGGCUGUUCCUCCGAGCUCUGGCCGUCUUCAAGCAGCUGCCGCACCCUUACGUGGCCGCCAGCGGGGCGGCUGCGGCGGCUGGUACGACCACUGCCUGCGGCGGCGGCGGCGGCAUGCAGUGUAUUGGGCAGCAGCACCAGCAGCACCAGCAGCGGCGCGCUGCGGAAUUGUUUUGGUUGGACCAGUGGUUGCGGUGUGUUCCGUUGGAGGGCGAGGCGCAGGGCUUCUUUGCGGGGCUGCCACACAGCAUCGCCACCCUGCUCCGAGCUGCACCUUGCAUCCCCACUGCGGAUGGCGGCUGGGCCACUCCCUCCGAAACCGCCGUGUGCUCGCCCGAGCUGGUGAUGGCUUCGGAGCUGAUGGAGCUCAUGGGCGCCUCCGCACCGCCACCACCACCACGGCCACCGCCGUCACUCGGACAGUGCGGCCCUCCGGGAGUGGUGGAGGCCACCGAGGAGGUGGAGAAGGAUCGGGAGAAGGGCUGUCCGGGCACAGAGGAGCACCCGCAGCAACAGCCGCCGCAGCCGCAGCCGCAGCAGCAGCGGGCUCGUGGUAUGGUGGCCUCGCUACCCCAGUCACACCCCGCACCACGGCAGUCACCGCUGUUAUCGGUGUUGGGGCUGAGGCUGGUGGCUGCGGAGGCCAGCGCAGCGUUUGGCGACGGCAGCAGCGGCGGGGAGGCCGCGCACGUAGGGGCUCAUCACAUGACCCGUGGGUCACUACUGCGGGAGCUGCGUGCGCUGCCGAUCCUGCCACUCCAGGGGGGCGGCUGGGCAUCCAUCGACCAGCUGCGGCGGCAGCAGCAGCAGCUGCGGCAGCUGCCGGAGCAGGGCGGGGGGAGGGAGACGGAGGAGGAGGAGGAGGACGAGGAGGAGGAGGGAGUUCGGUUGCGGGCGCGCGGUGGCGCUUUGUACGGCAGUAGUGCCGCUCACUCCUGCGGCGGUCCCGUACUUUUCUUCCCUCUCCCAGACUCCGCCAAUGGCAAUGGCGCUCUGGGCGGCGGCGCCGGGGGGGAGGCGGACCCGACGGCGGCUCUAAAGGGGCAGCAGCGCAGGCUGGAGCUGCAGCGGGGCCUGGAGGAGCUCGGAGUCCACUACCUGGCUCCCGAGGACAUUGUACUGCGGCUAGCCAUCCCCGCCCUCACAUCCGCGGAGGCCUUCACAGCCACCGCCGCGACCACUGCAGUUCGCGAUAGCCCUUCCCCGCGCCGCGCCAGCAACGGCCUCCUACUGGUUCGCUACCUGGCCAUGACGCUGUUGGCCGGCAUGGUGCAGCACGAAGGAGCCGCCAACAGCACGGCGGCGACGGACCCACGGGUCGUCGGAGGUUUCAGCUCCGCCAAUGCGACUGGCUACGGAGGUGGAGGUGGCGGCAGCUCUGGCGGGAUACGGCAAGGUUUGGAUUCUGGGGACACGGCGGCGCCUGGGGCCCUCCGUCGUCGGCAAGCGGCGUGGCUUCUGAAGGCGCUGCGGAAGCGAUGCGCCGUGCUCACGACCAACGGCGGCGGUUUUCUUGUCGACGGCGUACUGCAGCUCCCAGCGGAGGCUUGUAAGACGGCGGCGGCUCCGCCGCCGCUGCACCGGCCCCGCGCACGGAAGCGCAAGGGUGGCCAGCAUCAGCCCCAGGCUGAGCAUGGUGGCGGCGGCGGCGGCGCCGCCGCCGCCGCCACGCCAGGUGUUCAACCCAAAGGGGUGACCUUGGCGGAGGCAGCUGCGUACGGCAUUGGGUCGGCGGCUGCACCCGACGGCGCCGGCAGCGGCGGCGUGCUGUACCUGCCCUCCUCAUUGGUCUCCGCUGCUGCCGCUGCCCCUGCUACGGCAGUGACGGUGGGAGAGCAGUACGGCGGCGGCAGUACGGCGGCGGCUCUGAGUUUGGGUGACUUGCUGCCGCUGCUUCCCGGCGGCCUCACGGAAUCGCGCAUCUCGGAAUGGCCGAUGUUGUCGGAGGCCUACCUGGAGCUGUUUCCCGCCUUCCGGCGCUUGCAGCUGGAGGAGGUACCUCUCCCCCGGCAGCGGCCGCAGGAGCAGCAGCAGGAGCAGCAGCAGCAGCACGGUGGUACGUCUUCAGCGGGGGCUGCCCAGCUGGGCGCUGUCGGAGUGGGGGAGCAGCAGCAGCAGCAGGAGCAGCAGCAGGUUGUGGUGGUACAGGACUGGUCGUGUCCGGCGCUGCUGCGGCUGCUGCAGCAGGCGACGGCGGCGGCGGAGGAGGAGGAGGAGAAGGGGGGCCCUAUCCGCUCGCCACCCCUUUCCUGCCGUGUUAGGAUCCUCAUCGAACUUGCGGGCUACUCGCGGACUGUCACCCUGUCGCUGCCCCCUCCCGUGGGGCUCCUCCAGCUGUUGGCGGUGCACUGGAGGGACUUCGCUCACGCCAUGGAGGCGCAGCUGGUGCAGCAACAGCCGCAGCAACAGCCGCAGCUACAGCCGCAGCUACAGCCGCAGCAGCAGGUGCCACAUGCAGACUCUAUGGUCGGCCGCCACCACAGCGCCGCUGCCGCGGCCGCGAGCUCGGGGCACACUAAGGGGGGAGGACCUUUGGGUCCGAGCUCGUUGGCGAUGGCGCUGCGCAGCAUCCCCUGGCUGCCGGCCACACUGCCGGGAUGUGGCGGCGGCGCCGCCGGGCAUAAAGCUGCUGGCGGCGGCGGCGGCGGCGAUGGCGCUGACGGACGCCACUUCCGCGGCCUGAUGCGCCCAAUUGACACUUUCGCGCCGCUGCCGUACAUUCAACGACUUCUUCGGGACCAUGUGCCGUACGCCGACGUGUCGGCAUGCACAGCCGGAGGAGUUAUCCUUGGAGGGGGCCGCUCAGGCACCACGAGGGCUAGUGGCGGCGGUGACGGCGGUGACGGCGGUGGCGGUGGGGAAGCUGGCCGCGUCACCCGAAAGGAGGAGGAGGAGGAGGUGAUCACGUUGAUGUUACGGCAGCUGGGUGUGGUUUCGGAGCUGACCCCGGGGUUAGUCCUUCAGCUGCUGACGGGAUGGUCACGUGGGUGCGGUGGGGGAGCGGGCCGCAUGACCGGGGCGACGGCGGCGGCGGCAGCGGCAGUAGCACUACGACGCGGCGGCGCCGUCGGCACGGACGAUGAGACGAGGAGGGAUGUUCGGUUAGCAGCCGGGGGAAAAGGGGACGACAGGUACGACGGCGGCGCGGCGGCGGCGGCGGCGGCGGGACAGCCAGGGGAAGCUGACGGCGGCUUCACUUCGUCGUUGGCGGUCAUGUCCGGGUUGUACGGCUUCAUUGAGGCACACCUGCAGCAGCUCGAGGGCGCGGCGGCAGCGGCGGCCGCCGCCGCUGGCGGCCGCGCUCUGGGAACGGCGGAUGCAGAAGGAGGAGGAAUAGGAGCAGCGGCGGCGGCGGCGCCGGCACCUGCGGCGGCGGAAGGCCUCUUACAAAUGGUGGUGGAGGCGUUCUCUCGGGAGCCGCUCAUUUGGUUGCCGGACGACCCGAGGGUGUACGACGCUGCUGUACGAGUAGCAGGGGCAGCAGCUGGCAGCGGCGGCGGAGGAGUAGUAGGAGGGCGAGGACCCCAAGGACAGGGCGCUACCGGCGGCCGCUCGUCCCCGCCGCGUGUCGUACCUGGACGGUUCUACAAGUGCAGCCAGGUGGUGUUGGAGGACCCGGCGGAGGUACUGGACGGCAUUCAGGGGCUGCGGACCAAACAGCAGCACCAGCAGCCCGUGGGGCCGCCCCCCCGGCUUCUACCCCCCCCGUACCUGGGGGGAGCUCAGCACCGGGUAUCUGGGCACCAGGGGCCGAGGGGGGGACCGGGAGGAACGCAGGGGGCGGCUGGAGGAGGCGGAGGCGGAGGCGGCGGAGGCGGCGCCUCUGCAGGUGCGUUUUUCGCUCGUCUGGCUCGGACGACGACGCGCUGCGGGGUCGCGGCGGCGGGAUCCGCUAGCGCUGCCGACGACGGCGGCGACGGCAACGACGAGGAGGACGUGCGCACGGAGAGGAAUCCCGCUGCGGCGGUUACGGCUCCCGGUGCGGCUGCUCCAGGGGCCCCGUGGGGAAAAGCAACCACCAACGCCAAGCCCACAAACCUCCGUAGCGGCGCCGCCGCCGCUGCGGCCAGCGGCGACGUGUACGAUGAGAACGCCAUUGACCUCGACCUGGACGACGACGACGGCGGCGGCGGCGGCGGCGGCGGUGGAGGAGGAGGACAGGAAGAUGGCAGCGGCAGUGCAGCCGCCGCCGCCGCCGGCCCUGCUGGGGACUGCCUUCGAGGACGCCGGGGGGAUCCAACCCUGGAGCCCCCUCACGCUACCGCCGCCGACUCCUCCUUGCCGCGUCCUAGAAUGCUGAUCGCCGCGAGACCAUCCGUACCGGACUAUUUGGCGUGUCUCCGCAGCUGCGCUGCAGCUGCUGCUGCUGCUGCGGCAGCGGCGGUGUCAGUGCAGAGAGUCAAGUCGGGGACGGGGCCUUCCCGCGGCGCCGCGGAAGCAGCCGCUGGCGCCGUCGGGGGGGGCGCACGAGAGGAUGCGGCGGCGGCAGCGGACGACGGGCCCGUGACUGCGGCUCUGCGGAUUUACGCGUAUUGGGCCCAAAUGAUGGCGGCGGGAGCACUGGCGGCGGCGGAGGUGACCGCGCUGGGAAGAUGCAUGCAGCGCGAGCCUUUGCUGCCCUGCGUGUCGGCCCGCUGGUGUGCCGCUGGCGGCGGCGGCGGCAACACGUCCGCUGUGGCGCUGCUGAACGAUGACCCAUGGGUCGUGGAAGUGCUCGCGGGCCCGGCCUGCCUGGAGCUGGUACGGCUACCGACGGAGGAGGACGAGGCGGCGGCGGCUGUGACGGUGGCGGCGGCCAUCACGGCGGAGGGCGGAGAGCUGAGGGCGGAGAGCUGGAGGGCGCGGAGGAGAGGCGGCGGCGGCGGAGCGACGGCUGCGAGGGGACCGGCCGGCAGUCGUACUGGCGGCGCCGAGGGCCCCACGGCGGCGCUCCUGGAAGCGCUUGGGGUGCAGCCGGUGUCACGCUGCGUGCGUUUCAGGUUGGUGGUUGGUUUCGGGGCCCCCAAGGGGUGCAGCCGGAGGGUCCGCCUGCGUACGGCACAAUGGUGGAAUCGGCGGGUGCUGGUGGUGCCGGCCUUCACGGUGACGCUUUGUGUUGGCGGCAGUACGGCGGCGGAGGUCGCGGCAGGUACGGCAACGGCGGCGGCUCGUGCGUGGUCAGCGGCACCGGCGGCGGCGACGACGACGGCGGCGGUUGCGGUGCGGUGUGGUGCGGUGAUGGUGGGUUCGGAGCUGUACGUACAGCGGGGGGAGGUCACCAACUUCACCGCCAUCAGCAGAGAGCUCAGCAGGCUCUUCCGCGGCGGCCGGCCCUGGCCCGCUCUAGCAGAGAGGCUGCUGGGGGCGCUGAUGGCGGCGGCGGCGGGAGCUGACGUGGCGCAGCUGCUGGAGCACCAGGGAGUGCGGCCACUGCCGCCGUCGCCGCUGAUGGCGGCAGAUCUGGACGGCGGCGGCGGUGGCGGCGGCGGUGGGGGCGGAAGGGAAGGAGGAGGAGGCGGGGGACGGGGAGGGGGGCAACGGGAGCAAGCAGCCGCCAACGGACAGGAUCCUUGCAGCUCCGCUGGUGUACGGCACCGGCGGUGGCGGCUUCCGCCGCCUCUGCCGCCGCCACCGCCACCGCCGCCGCCGGCGCCGCGGCCAGAACCACAUCCCGAGCCCCUGCGCGGUGCGGGCCCUGUACGGGGCCCUGCACGGGAGCGGAAGAGGCGGAAGACGAGCGGCGGCACAGCCGAGGAAAGCCAGGAAGCGGCCGCGGCGGCGGAUGCGGCGGCGGCGGAGGAAUACGGCCAGGGGCUGACGGCGGUUCUCCAAAGCCCUCCUCACGGCCAAACAGGUGUUGCGAAGGGGCGAGCUGGCCUCAAGCGGCGUCGUGGCGAGUCCGAUAAUGAUGAUGGAGCUACAGCCGCCGCCGAUCCCAGGGCUACCGUACAGCAGAUCCCACCGCCGCCGCCGCCGCCGCCGCCGCCGUAUCCUCGCUCUCUCGAGGCUUACGGCGGCGACGACCCCAUUCGCUGUGACACGGCCGCUGCCGUACAGACGGUGACGCACCAGCAGCCACCCGAGCGGAGCGCCCAGGACCGCAUGCGCAACGCCGCGCAGUGGUGGAGUGUGGAGGGUCCGCGGAGGGCCGUACGGGAGGAGCUUGAGCGCCGGGCGGCAGCGGCCGGAGGAGGAAGAGGAGGGGGAGGAGGGCGAGGGGGUGCUGCGGAGAGCGGGGCCAUGCAGCGCCGCAGGCCUGGUGCCCGGGCGGGGAGCGCUUCUGCGGACCGAGUAACUUGGCUCAACCGGGACCAGGAGAGCUACAUGCCGUACGACAUGUACAUCUCCCACGCUGACGAAAGUGUGACGUACAUUGAGGUCAAGACCAGCGCCAGCGGCUCCAAGGACUUGUUCGAAAUCAGUUUGGCCGAGCUCAGGUUCGCCGAGGAGCAGGGCGAGCGGUACGUGGUGUACCGGGUGCUGGGCGGCGGCGGCCCCAACCCAGCCAUAAUGCGGCUGCCUAACCCCGUGAAGAUGCUCCGGGACAAGGCCGCAAAUCUGUUGCUGGUGCUGUAA